AUGAGUCUCCUUACCUGCGGCCGCCGCCGCCAGUCAGGCUAUGACCGCGCUCUGGAUUGCUGCGGGGGGCGGCAGCUGUGGAUCCGCACGAAUCAACUGGACAUGAGCAAAUCAGACAUGAACCAAUCAAGUUUACCAGACAUGAAUGAAACAGGCACAAGACAGCCAAGCAUAAGCUUAAUUGGUAUGAACCAACUGGACAUGAAUCAACCAAGCACAAGCCUACAUGACAUGAACCAACUGGGCAUGAACCAACAGAGCAUGAGUGAACCACCCAUGAGGCAACCAGGCACAAACAGAAGCCUCCCAGACAUAAACCAACCCGGCAUGAAACAACCAGGCACAUGGCAACUAGGUAUAAGCCAAUCAGACAUACGCCAACCAGGCUUGAGCCAGCCAGGCAUGUCGCAACCAGGCAUGAGCCAACCAGUCCCGAGACACCCAGGCACGUCACAACCAGGCAUGAGCCAACAACUAUACACGAGCCAAUCAGAUACAACUCUAUCAAGCAGUACACAACUAGGCUCGAGCCAAUCAAGUACGAGUCAACUACACAUGAGUCAACUAGGUAGGAGCCAACCAGGCGUGUGGCAACCAGUGCUGAGCCAGCCACGCAUGUGGCAACCAGGCCUGAGCCAACCAGUCCUGAGCCACCCAGGCAUGUGGCAGUCAGGCAUGAGUCAACCAGUUCUGGGCCACCCAGGCAUGUGGCAACCAGUCCUGGGCUACCCAGGCAUGUGGCAACCAGUCCUUGGUCAACCAGGCAUGUGGCAACCAGUCCUGGGUAUGUGGCAGCCAGGUCCAAGUCACCCAGACCUGAGCCAACUAGGCCUGAGUCAACCAAACCCAAUCCAACUAGAUGAGAGCCAGUCAUGCACGAGCGAACCAAGCAUGAAUUUUCUCCAAGUAAGACCUGCGGAGCCUCGAGACUGCCCAGAAAUCCUACAAAUGAUUAAAAUAGCCAUCAGAAGCCAAUGUAACUGCAUGCAAUUUCUUGUCGUCAUUUGGAAUGAGGCUUCUGUUGAGUACUACACUCGUCGAGGGGCUUUAGACCUUUCCUCUGAAGAGGGCUGGCAUCUGUUCAGGUUUAACAGAGAAGAACUCAUGGACAUGGCAAGGGAAGAAUGA